AUGCCUGCCAAAAAAAACGGAAAUCAACGCAAUGGCAAAACCAAGAAAACGAAAAGAGGUGCAAAUAACAGUAACAACAGUAACAACGGCAACAACGGCAACAACGGCAGUAGUAAAGACAAUAACGAGUUUUAUUCCGUAAAGACAUCAAGUGUGCCAUCUACAAAGUUACCUAAAGCAUUACCGGCCCACGAUGUACCUUAUGCAACUGUGCAAACAACCACUGCAUUUCCUGCAUCGCAUGUCAAUCAAGAACCCCUCAAGGGCUUCAUGCGAACCAUCGCGACGUUGAUCAACCGGCUUUUGACAGUUUCUAUUGUAGUAGCUGCUACCUACUACGUUUUACGAGGCCACGAUGCAACAAAAAUCAACAACCGCCAAUGCACAGCGAGCGAACCUAUUAAACAAAACUUUGCCCAAUUACUUAAAAAUGAAUUAUACAAAGUACACGUGGAACCUUAUACCGACACAAUGCGAGCAUGGUAUGACGAGUGGAGUCCGGACGUAUCGGACCAAGCGAAGCUGUUACAGAGCGCUGCCUUGGAUCGGGCCUUAGAAGUACUGGAUCGGGCCAAGACUAUCCGUGCACAAACAAUCGAUCAUGCCAAGGGGUUACAAACUGUAAUCACCGAUCAAUUACAUGCAUAUUUGAGCAAACAACACCCUACUGCAUCUACACAUGACGACGGUGACGACCACGAAAAUGACGCAUUCGAUGACUACUACUCGGCUACCAUGACACCUUACGAAACACAGCUACCUGACAAAGAAAUUCAAGCUAUUUUGACAGUGGCUACGCAGGCACGGACAAAGCUGGAUGAGCAGUUGCGUACAGUACAGCAUUAUUUACCAAAACGAUUUGAAGAUAAGCAGCACACCCAACAACAACAACAGCCAGUAACGAAAAAACAACGAGAAGCCAUUCGCAGUAUUGCCGAAGAGGUCAAGAGCGAUAUGGAUAUUCUACGGAAAAAUGCAGAGAGUCAAGUCAUUGAACAAGCCAAGACUGCUCGAAAGGCUAUCGAUGAUGAAACUGAACUCACUGCGAUCCGUCAGGCAGAACGCGCAGCGCUCAUCGAGGUGCACAAGUCGGAUAUUUUGAUUGUUGAAAUACGCUUGGAAGUCGAUCAUUAUGUUGAAGCCAUUAUGAAGAAAUGGAUACGCCAGGCUCCUCUUCUUUAA